UCUCUAGGGCAUCGUCUUCGCCUCUCCCUGUCUCGUUUCUAGAACCCUCUACAUCAUCCUCUUUAAACCUCUCUCCUGAAUUCAGAAGUUUUUAAACCCUUAACCCUAUCCCUUCGUUCCCCUGUCAAACCCAAUAAAGGAAGAAAGGGAGGAAAAAAAAAUAAAAAAAAUAAAAGGCUAAUAACAGGAGAGGAGAAGUAGUCGAAUGUUAAUGGCGAGCACGAGCUUGAGCGCUUCCUUCAUCAGCCUCUCUCGUCCACUGACCACAGCCCCAUCAAACAGAAGCUUGAGAUUUGGGAGCUCUUUUGCCCCCCGAUCGAUUCUUGAGAGAAGAAGCAGAGGUUUUGCUUUGGCGAGCCUGAGAUGGAACCUGGAGAGGAGAAGGGAAGGGAAGAUGAGGGUUCGAUGUGAGGCUGCUGUUGCCGAGAAGGAAGCUGAGGAGACCUCUGAUGGUGGUGAGAAGUUUGAGUAUCAGGCCGAGGUUAGCCGCCUCAUGGAUUUAAUUGUUCACAGUCUCUAUAGCCAUAAAGAAGUAUUUCUUCGGGAGCUUGUCAGCAAUGCAAGUGAUGCACUAGAUAAGUUGAGAUUUUUAAGUGUAACUGACCCUUCUCUACUGGGUGAUGCUGGUGACUUGGAGAUACGCAUCAAGCCCGAUCCAGAAAAUGGGACUAUCACUAUUACAGAUACUGGUAUUGGGAUGACCAAAGAAGAAUUGAUUGACUGCCUUGGAACCAUUGCUCAGAGUGGAACAUCAAAGUUUUUACAAGCCCUUAAGGAAAACAAAGAUCUUGGAGCAGACAAUGGUUUGAUUGGCCAGUUUGGUGUUGGAUUCUAUUCGGCUUUCCUUGUUGCUGAAAGGGUUGUUGUGUCAACAAAAAGUCCAAAGUCAGAUAAGCAAUAUGUAUGGGAAGCAGUGGCUGACAGUAGCUCAUAUGUGAUAAAAGAAGAAUCAGACCCAGAGAAAUUGUUAAGGCGUGGAACUGAAAUUACCCUGUAUCUCAGACCUGAUGAGAAGUUUGAAUUUGCGGAACCCACGAGGGUCCAAGGAUUGGUAAAGAACUACUCACAGUUUGUGCCCUUCCCCAUAUUUACGUGGCAAGAGAAAUCAAGAACUGUAGAGGUGGAAGAGGAGGAAGAACCAAAAGAAGGUGAAGAAGAGAAACCUGAGGGUGAAAAGAAGAAAAAGAAAACAGUAACGGAGAAAUACUGGGACUGGGAGUUGGCUAAUGAAACAAAGCCUAUAUGGAUGAGAAACCCGAAGGAGGUUGAAAAGGAUGAAUAUAAUGAGUUCUACAAGAAUACAUUUAAUGAAUUCUUAGAUCCUCUUGCACAUAUCCACUUCACAACUGAGGGGGAGGUGGAAUUUAGAAGUGUCCUAUAUAUACCUGGAAUGGCACCAUUGAACAAUGAAGAUGUAGUUAAUUCAAAGACAAAGAACAUACGCUUGUAUGUCAAGCGUGUUUUCAUUUCAGAUGAUUUUGAUGGUGAGCUGUUCCCGAGGUAUUUGAGCUUUGUGAAGGGUGUUGUGGAUUCAAAUGACCUUCCCCUUAAUGUUUCUCGUGAAAUUCUUCAAGAAAGUCGAAUUGUGAGAAUAAUGAAGAAAAGGCUUGUUAGAAAAACAUUUGACAUGAUUCAAGAGAUAUCUGAAUCUGAAAAUAAAGCGGACUACAAAAGUUUCUGGGAGAACUUUGGCAAGCUUCUGAAAUUAGGUUUGAUUGAGGACUCUGGGAAUCACAAGCGUCUUGCUCCUUUGUUGCGUUUCUAUUCUUCUAAAAGUGAAGAAGAUUUGAUAAGCUUAGAUCAGUAUGUUGAGAACAUGCCAGAGAGCCAGAAGGCUAUAUAUUACUUGGCAACAGAUAGCCUUAAAAGUGCCAAAACUGCCCCAUUCUUGGAAAAGUUGCUCCAGAAAGACAUAGAAGUUCUAUAUUUGGUGGAGCCGAUUGAUGAAAUUGCAAUCCAGAACUUGCAGACAUACAAGGAAAAGAAAUUUGUUGACAUCAGCAAGGAAGAUCUAGAACUUGGUGAUGCGGAUGAGGUAAAAGAAAGGGAGAACCAACAGGAGUUCAACUUGUUGUGUGAUUGGAUAAAGCAACAACUUGGUGACAAGGUAGCUAAAGUGCAAGUCUCAAAGAGGCUUAGCGCUUCUCCUUGCGUACUUGUUUCUGGCAAGUUUGGAUGGUCAGCUAACAUGGAAAGGCUCAUGAAAGCGCAGACUCUUGGUGAUACAUCAAGUUUAGAGUUCAUGAGAGGAAGGAGAAUUCUAGAAAUCAAUCCAGACCAUCCCAUCAUUAAAGACCUAAACGCUGCAUGCAAGAACGACCCAAGCAGUGGGGAAGCCACGAGGGCUGUUGAUCUAUUGUAUGAUACAGCUCUUAUUGCCAGUGGAUUCACUCCUGAUAGCCCCACGGAGUUGGGUAACAAAAUCUAUGAGAUGAUGGCUAUUGCCCUCGGUGGAAGAUGGGGAAGAUCAGAGUCAGGAGAAGAGGGAAACGCCGACUCUGAAUCGAGCUCAGAAGUUGGAUCGUCUGAGGCAGCAGGAGAGUCAGAGGUGGUUGAGCCUUCUGAAGUGAGGACUGAGAACGACCCAUGGCAGGAUUGAAGUUUAUGACAGUAGGAGAUAGUAAGUUUUGAUAGUUAUAAAAUUUUUGUGGAAGGGAUUUUAAUGUAUUGAUUAGGUAAGGUCUGAAUUCAGAGCUCGGCAGGAAUGAAAUAAUGGCCUCUUUAGUUUUUAUUUUCUUCUCUUUUCUCCAAUAAGUUAUGAUAUUGUUUUCAUAUUUGUAAGAAAUAGAUAAUAAUCAUCAAAUCUAAGAAUUGAAGAUUGCGGAAUUUAGUA